AUGUCGACCCUGGGUAUACCGUACAUUCUGAAUUGGUCGUUCGAGCUCUUUCAAGCCAGCCACCUGUUGAUGUUCUCGAUGAUAGCCUUGGGGCUUGUGUUGGCUGUGCCUACUCUUUUCGUCAUGAUGGAAAGAGGACACCGAGUUCUGGGCAUGUUCAACUCCAAAGGCUACGCCGAGAUAACGCCUCUGGGUGACGAAGUUGUCAAAGUAUCUCUACCACAUCUGGCCCAAUCUCGGCUGUUCAAGUAUCAAGGCGGCCAAUACAUUCUGUUGUUGCUGCCCUCGAUUUCAGAUUUUCAGUGGCACCCGUUAACAGUGUCUGGAUUUGACGGCGGCAGGCCUUACAUAUACAUGAAAGCGGGUGGGAAUUGGUCCGCUCGAGUUCGUCGAUCGGGGCGAUUUGCACCAGCCCGUUUGGACGGACCUUUUGGCGCCCCAAGCCAGAGAUUUUUUGACUAUAAAUACAACAUAUUGAUUGGGACGGGCAUUGGGAUUACGCCUUCUCUCUCGACUUUGGAUCGUCUGAAAGAGCGCGAUCAUCCUUGGGCGAUGCAAGAUACUGCAUCCCCCCCGUCAAUAUCCCAUAUACCGGAUGAUGACACACUGAAUGUCGACGAGACGUCUCAUUCGGUGGAUAUAUACUGGACAUCACGUCGAGCUGACUCGAUCCUCUGGCUCGUCCCUGUCCUCGCCGAGGCGUCAUCGGCCUCGCAAAACCGCAGGAUUCAGUUCGCAUUGACCGCGUUCAUUACCCAAUCGAAUGCAUCAGACAGUCUCAAAGCAUCCGUCGAGCAGGAAAAAUCGGAGCUGCUCAAUUACAGAGGACACGUGCAGUAUCAGCGACCAGACUUCACAAAACUGCUCACUGAACAUUAUGGGAAGAUGUGCCAUUCUCUUUUUCGGCCCCAGAAGGGAAGGGUGAGGGUCGGCGUGUUUUUCUGUGGCCAGCGUGCGGUGCGCAAGCAGCUCCAGAUGUUGUGUUAUGAGAAUACUCUGGGAGGAUGUAGGGAUAGCAGCGGUAUCGAGUGUCAUUUUCAUCCAGAGGUAUUCUAA